AUGGCCGCCGCUCGUGUCCCGCUCUGGGCAGUCUGUGUGCUGCGGCUGGCGCUGGCAACAGUCUACUUCCAGGAGGACUUUCUAGAUGGAGAGCGCUGGAGGAACCGAUGGGUGCAGUCCACCAAUGACUCCCAAUUUGGGUAUUUUAGACUCUCGUCCGGGAAAUUUUAUGGUCAUAAAGAGAAAGACAAAGGUCUGCAGACCACUCAAAAUAGCCGAUUCUACGCCAUCUCUGCACGGUUCAAACCAUUUAGCAAUAAAGGGAAGACUCUGAUCAUUCAGUACACCGUGAAACAUGAGCAGAAGAUGGACUGUGGAGGGGGCUACAUUAAGCUCUUCCCUGCAGAUGUGGAUCAGAAGAACCUGAAUGGAAAAUCCCAGUACUAUAUUAUGUUUGGACCUGAUAUUUGUGGAUUUGAUGUCAAGAAAGUUCAUGUUAUUUUACAUUUCAAGAAUCAGUAUCACUCAAACAAGAAAUCAAUCAGGUGUAAGGUUGAUGGCUUCACACACCUCUACACUUUGAUUUUAAGACCAGACCUCACUUACGAAGUGAAAAUUGAUGGUCAGUCGAUUGAAUCCGGCAGCAUAGAGUAUGACUGGCAGCUCACAUCACUGAAGAAAAUGGAGAAGGCUUCAGCAGAGUCUGAGGACUGGGACCAGGCUACAGAGGGCAAAUCCCAGGCCUGGGAGAAGCACUUUCUGGAUGCCAGCGCCAGCACGCCGAGCGACUGGAACAGCGAACUGGACGGGGACCGGCAGGCGCCGAUGCUGCAGAAGCCUCCACACCAAGAUGGCCUGAAACCAGAGGGCAUAGACAGAGAUGUUUGGCUCCAUCAGAAGAUGAAAAACACCAACUAUCUGACGGAAUAUGACCUCUCAGAAUUUGAGAACAUCGGUGCCAUCGGACUGGAGCUUUGGCAGGUGAGAUCCGGAACCAUCUUCGAUAACUUCCUGAUCACAGAUGAUGAAGAGUACGCUGAGAAUUUUGGCAAGGCCACCUGGGGUGAAACCAAGGGCCCAGAAAGGGAGAUGGAUGCCAUACAGGCCAAGGAAGAAGUGAAGAAGGCCCGAGAGGAAGAUGAGGACGAGCAGAUGAUGGGCAGGUUUGGUGGGAGAGAAAAUAUCUUCAAAGGAUUCCACAAGAGGAACGAACUUUAG